UCCUGUCUAGAAAGCCUCACAUACCUGCAAGUUUUCAUUCCCUUCGGGAGUCACGACGCUCGCUAAAUCACAAAUAAAGAAAACACGGCAAUUUCUUUAAAAAAAAAUUAAUUGAACAUAACGCCAGACGACAGACAGUUUAACAGAGCACGCCCGCGGGGAAUCGAUCCCUUGUCCGGUAAAAUCCAGGGAGAACCAGAGGAAAAAGAAACCCUAGAUCAAAGAAAGAAGUGCAAGGAAAAAUGGCUGCUUGUUGCAGAGAAUAAGUAAAAUGAGUGUGUAUGGCUCUGUACAGGCAAGGGAACGGGUCUGUGCAGGUGGAUAAGGAGAGGUCUGCUUCUGCGUUUAGGGCCAACGCAAAUGGAGGAAAUUAUACGAGCAAUAAUAAUAGUAAUGUUAACAAUAAUAACAAUACGCUGAGGCAUAAGCUAAAUCAUCGUGGCAGGAAGCUCAGCCGCUUUGGCCUGCCGCGGAUUUCGCAGUGCUCCAUUGGCGUUUUUCUGGUCAUUUUUUGCACUCUUGUUUUCAUCACUCUUCUCGGAGGCAAUUAUCCGUCUGGUGACCGAGGUGAAGAGCAUGCUUCUGAAACCGGAGACCUUUAUUAUCAGCAGGCACAUUCAUCUCAUUUUUCAUUCUGGAAUUCAAGAGGACAAGAUCGUUCUUUGACAUCUACAAAUGAGUAUAAAUUGGGCUCAGGAGGUAAUGAGAUUCCUGAGCAGAAGGGGGUGACAAAACAUAAGGAAGAUACAGUUGACAGUGACAGCAUUAAAAAUCCCAAAAUUCUUCACUUUGGUCAGGGCUCUGCUGGUUCAGGCCGGGACUCCAGAUACUGGGAUAGAGAUGAUAGGAGAAGGGAUGAAAAGUACAAUGAAGAAGAUUCUGAUUUCUCAAAUGCGGAUUCUAAUACUAAACAAAAUGAAAUCAGUCAGGACAAAGAGAGGAAUAACAUAGGUUAUGGGAGAAAAGAUAAACAAGAAAAUGAAAAGAUAGAAGUAAAGCAUUUAAUGCAUCAGGAGGAAAAUGCCAAGUCUACUAGAAUGCCAAUUAAUCAAGAUUUCGGGGAUGGAGGAUUGUACAAUGAAAAAGGGCGAGAUGAACUCAAAUUGUAUGAAGAAAAAUACGAGGCAGCACUGAAACACGAGCUUGAUCUUGAUAGAACAGAAAAAGAAAAAAAUGCAGAUGGCUUAAACAAGGAGCUUGGCAAAGCUGGAACUGCCAAUGGAGGGAAAGACAGAAAGGACGUGUCAGCUGAUAACAGGCAUAGUUGGAGUAGAAAUAUGAACGGUGAUUCAACCCAAGAACAGGUUGAUUUAGAUGAUGAGUAUGAUGAUGGAUUUGAUGAUGAUGAUAUGCAUGCUGAAGAAACUGAGAUUCUCAGCAAUGAACAAGAUAUUCAAAAGAUUGCAGACAAGCUGAGUGAGAAGGCAAGGCAUUAUGAUCGGAAGGAUUCAAUUGAGAAUGAUAAGAACACAGAUGGAAAUAAGAUGAGCUUAAAAGAUCUUCAAGUUGGGAAAAAUAGAGUUCUUGACAAUCAUUUUGAAAAGGAAUCUACUCUAUUGUUACGUGGUUUUCAUCAAGACAAAGUGAAAGGAACCUUAAUAAUUAAUCCUCAGUUGGAGGGUUCUUCUAGGAAAGCUCAUAGCGAUAAAAAGAAGUCAAGCUUAAAAAGACGAACUAAAAGUCAUAAGCAUUCAAGUGUCUCAUGCGAGCUAAAAUUCUUGAACUCUACAUCUCAGCUUGUAGAACCAGAAGAGAACUCAAGAUUUGCAAUUUUUUCUCUACAGUAUGUAGAAAAUGAAGAGAAACCAGAUGGAGUUGAAGUUUGGGAGCCAAGAUUUGGUGGGCAUCAAAGUCUUGCUGAGAGGGAAGCCUCGUUUAAUGCUCGUGACCAGAAAAUUCACUGUGGCUUUGUAAAUGGGCCUAAAGGCUCCCCUAGUACUGGAUUUGAUUUGUCUGAAAAGGAUGCACAGUUUUUGAAUACUUGUCACAUUGCUGUUUCGUCCUGCAUCUUUGGAAACUCGGAUAACUUAAGGACACCGCCUGGUAAAAAGGUUACACAGUCAUCCAAGAAGAAUGUGUGUUUUGUAAUGUUUAUUGAUGAGAGAACAUUGAAUACAAUGUCUGCAGAGGGGCGACAUCCUGAUGACAAAGGGUAUAUAGGCUUAUGGAAGAUUGUUGUUGUUAGAAAUUUACCAUUUACAGAUAUGCGUCGGAGUGGGAAGGUGCCAAAGUUCUUGACUCAUCGUCUUUUUCCAUCUGCCAGGUACUCCAUAUGGCUUGACAGUAAGUUGCGACUCCAAAGUGAUCCACUCCAAAUAUUGGAAUACUUUCUGUGGCGUCGAGGAUUUGAAUAUGCUAUUUCAAAUCACUAUGAUCGUCACUGUGUGUGGGAGGAGGUGAUCCAAAACAAGAAGCUGAAUAAGUUUAAUCACACUAUCAUUGAUGACCAGUUUGCAUUUUACCAAGCUGAUGGUCUUACAAGAUUUAAUGCCACAGAUCCGAACAAGCUCCUUCCAAGUCAUGUACCUGAGGGAUCAUUUAUUGUGCGAGCUCACACUCCAAUGUCAAAUCUCUUUUCAUGCCUUUGGUUUAAUGAAGUUGAUCGUUUCACUCCACGUGACCAGCUUAGCUUUGCUUACACUUAUUUAAAGCUUUGGAGGAUGAACCCAGACAAGCGUUUUCGCUUAAAUAUGUUCAAGGAUUGUGAGCGUAGAGGGAUGGCAAAAUUAUUUCAUCACAGGACGGAUGAUAGACCUUCAACUGAAAAAAGCACUUCUUUGUAAUCAAAAGGAGGACGUGACUCACAAUUUUGCUUCUGUACAUUUAGAAGUCCCAUGUUUGGUGCUAUGUUGAGCAAAAGUUCACUGGGCAUUUUUUUCACAAGAUGUAUUUUGGCUGUAUGAAAGAAAUCAAACAAUGUUAUUUUUUAUUUUGUUUAUUUUCAAUUCUACGUUUUAUCCUUCCAAUAAUUAUUGGGGUGAUUUAAUGUGGCUCUGUUGUGCGAUUGUAUUGGUUAUUUUCUUUGGUACUAGUAAUUUGAAAUCAGCAGCCAACUUCGGACGACAAAUUGAUCUCGCAUACUCAGUUGUUGGUGCAGAGCUACUUGACAAGCAACAGUACAGGUUUUCAUUAUUCUGUUUCUUUGUUUAAAGAAAACGAAUUUCUGGAAUAAAAUGCAGAGGAAUAUGGUACAACAUUCAGUUGGUUGAAGCAAAAUGCAGAUAACAAAGAAUUCCGGGAUUCCUGCUCCAUUUUGAUGUCUUUUAUCAGCGUAGUUGCGAGUUAUAACAUUUUCCAGAAGUGUCCUAUCGCCUGUAUAAAUGCCAUUUAUUUUCUGUGAUUAUAAUUGUGAAGACUACAAAAUAAAUUUCUUAUAAUACAAUUACAUCUAGAACAACGUUGCAGGAAAGAAA